UCUAACCAUAUAAUUAACGAACAAUCUACCUACACCCGUUUGGCUACGAAUGGAUCUAAUAUCCCCACCACAUCCCAAUCACAAUUGUAUCGCUGCCGGCAAAUCCAGCCUCGUUUACGCGCUGGAUGAACGAAGAGUUUUGAAGAAGUACUUCGCUGAAGGUAUUGAUGUAGAAUGCCAAGUCUUUUCUCGACUCGGCCCCCACCCAAAUGUCGUGAGGCUACUAGAGAUAGAAAACAACGGACUCAUCCUGGAGCGAGGUCAACCUCUACAAAACGUAAUUCGGAAUAGUGAGGCAGAAAAUGUUACAACAGACAUCGAGCAAAAGGUACGCUGGAUCCAACAAGCUGCAGUCGCGUUGCAACACAUUCAUAACAAAGGUAUAAUACACGCCGAUGUUGGAGUGCCAAACAUGAUCCUUGUCAACCACUGGCUAAAGUUCAUCGAUUUCGAGGGUAGCAGCGUUGAUGGACAUGAAGCUACGUCUUGUUACCAAUGGUUCAGCUACCGAGUCUGCACACCCGCAAUAAGCACACAAACCGAUAUAUUUGCAUUCGGAUGUGCGAUGUACGAAAUCAUAACGGGCAGGCCUCCUCACUAUGAUCUCGAAACUUCGCCCAAUCGGAUGUGCGACGUUCGACAACGGUAUUCUGAGGGCAAAUUCCCAGUCUUGAAGGGGAUACCGCUGCGUGAGGUAAUACAAGGCUGCUGGAUUGGAAUUUACAACUGCAUGGACGAUGUGAUACAUGCUCUCCAAGAUCAUGUAUUGGUUAAUCAGGAGUCAAACAGACUUCGGGACAUACAAUACGAAUCCAUGCAAGCUCAAUUUGAUCAAAUAUUCUGAUGAAGAACACAAGCCCAAUCUACGCCUCUAGAAAGAUUGCCAAGAGUAGUAUAAUCUUAUCAUGAUUGGUUAGACUACUCGUGUGUUAGAUCAAGUAACAUGGGUAUAUAUCCACAUACAGCCCAAGGCCUUAUUUCAAGCUAGAUUUAGGCCUAAUCAGUAGUCUUAGACCUUGGCCUUCGAUCGAGGCCGGAUAGGAUGGCGUGUUGAGGCGGAUUGUUAUCGCCGAACAGGUUCAGCUGUAUGUUACCAUCUGUGAACGAUUAAGGAUACGCAUUACGAGAACUGUAUGGUCCCGUAUCGGCUUCAGCGUGUCGUGUGGUAGAGCAAUGUAUAUAUUGACCACACUGAUCUAAGUACAUAGACACUUCACGGUACAUCUUCACGAGCGAGGCAG